UCGAUCUAUCUGUUCAAUUUGAAAUUCUGUUCUCUCUCUCUCCCCCUCUCUCGCUCGGGUCUCUCCAAUGGCGAUCGCUACGGAGUCGCAACAGCAGGAGAAGUCGGCUUCAGAUGCUUCAGCAGCUGUGCAGAAGAGAUGGGCUCUCAGUGAUUUUGACAUCGGAAAGCCUCUUGGAAGAGGGAAAUUCGGCCAUGUCUAUCUAGCGAGGGAGAAACGGAGCAAUCACAUUGUGGCUCUAAAGGUUUUGUUCAAGAGCCAGCUUCAGCAAUCUCAAGUUGAACAUCAGCUUCGGAGGGAAGUGGAGAUACAGUCUCAUCUUCGGCAUCCCAAUAUACUGCGAUUGUACGGUUAUUUCUACGAUCAGAAAAGAGUUUACUUGAUUUUAGAGUAUGCUGCUAGAGGUGAACUUUACAAGGAACUUCAGAAGUGCAAAUACUUCAGUGAAAGACGAUCCGCAACUUAUGUUGCAUCUUUGGCCAGAGCUCUCAUGUAUUGCCAUGGAAAGCACGUGAUUCAUAGAGAUAUCAAGCCGGAAAACUUGCUGAUCGGUGCACAGGGGGAGCUCAAGAUUGCGGAUUUUGGUUGGUCAGUGCACACAUUUAACCGCAGAAGGACCAUGUGUGGGACACUGGAUUACCUUCCUCCUGAAAUGGUUGAAAGCGUGGAACAUGAUGCCAGUGUAGAUAUCUGGAGUCUCGGGGUUCUCUGUUACGAGUUCCUCUACGGUGUUCCUCCUUUCGAGGCCAGAGAGCACUCGGACACGUACAAAAGGAUUGUGCAAGUAGAUCUCAAGUUCCCUCCGAAACCAGUCGUCUCUCAAGCUGCAAAGGAUCUGAUCAGUCAGAUGCUGGUGAAGGAUUCUUCGCAACGUCUACCGUUGCACAAAGUUCUUCAGCAUCCGUGGGUUGUGCAAAACGCCGAGCCCUCUGGCAUCUACAGAGGCUAAGAGCAAGAGUGGCAUCAUGAAGAAGGACCUCUUGUGAUGAAAUUUGUCAAGUGAAAGGAGAGGCUUUUUCCUGAGAGUCUCUCUCCAGUCAAAGAACACUCUUUCUGUAUCCGAAUCCAAAUCUAUCUGUAAGCUGUAAUCCUCAAAGAAUGUUUUGUGUAGAAUUCUGUAUUCUCUUUUUUUUUUCAAGCACCCUUUUCCACAUUCGGUUUCAUUACACACAUAUAUAUAAUAUAUAUGUUGAUGUCCUUAACCACAA